UGGGGGGUAGGCUACCAACUGCUCAGUUGUGGCCUAGGACACCACACGCCAUUGCAUUCCAUGCGCCUUAUAAUUUUUCAAAUUCAAUAUAGUCAAGAGUAGUAUAGCGCGUAUAGAGCUGUUAACCAUAAAAAUUAAGUGGAAAUUCUACGAUGGAGUUUCUCAUUGGAUGUUUGACUCUCUUUGCUACGUUAUUUUUGAUCGCAACUUUGAUCGUUUAUUCUAUUCAUGAAAAAAUGCGCAACAUCCACGCUGUGAACGUUAUGUGUUUUUUGGUCUCAUUGACCGUCAUGAACAUCUCUUUGGCUUUACGUUUUCUCGUUAAAGUCCUUGAUAUUCCGACCGGUCUUUGCUCUACAAUAGCAAUUUCACAGCAUUUUGCCUUUAUCGCCACUUAUUCUUGGCUCAACGUCGUGUGCUUUGGAGUUUGGCGGAUGUUUAGUUCCAUUAGACCACCGAAACACACACCCAUCUGGAGCAAACAGUUUUUCUAUUCUUCCGCUUACGGAUGGGGGAUUCCGUUAGUCAUCGUGGUCGUCGGACAAAUCCUCCAACACUGCAAUGUGCCAGAUUACAUCGUUAAACCGGGAUUUGCGUCAGACGAAUUGAACUGCUGGUUUGAUCGUAAAGAUAGAGAGCCAUUAAUUGCGUAUUUGUUCGGACCUUUAAUUGUUAUGAUCGGAGCCAACUUUAUCAUGAUUAUUUGGGCUGGGAUCAAAUUUUGCCAGAGAAGCGUGGAAUCGUCACAAGUGACCAACGUUUCCCGUAAUAAACAAAGGUUUAAAGUGAUCCUGAUUCUCUUUUUGCUGAUGUGUAUGCCAUGGUCAAUUGGUAUAAUUAUUUUCGUGGCGGGUAUCAGUUUCGACUACCAGCAGGUUCACCAGGUUAUGAGAAUAUUCAACAUAUUGUGGCCAAUUUUCAUUUUCAUCAUCUUCGUCUGUAAGCCGAGUGUGUGGAAGAUGUUUAAACUCAAAUUCCCGCGGAUGAGUCCCUUCAUCUCGAACUGUGAAGAACUGGGGUCAAAGAUAAUCUGUGUGAAAAGCAAACGUCAACCACUCGCUACUGAUGAAGAAAACCCAUCUAAGUCGAAUAACACGGUCGGCAUUAGUGGCAAAUUUACCCAAAUUGGCUAUCAACGCCAUACCGAAUCAACUGUCUGAAGCAAUCAUGCGUCUAAAACUACCUCUACCUGUGAUACACACAAAAUUC